AUGGCUGUUAUGGCUUCCGAUUCGCAGAAGACCACAAAAAGACUUCUUGUUGGAGCGAUAGACUUAGGAACGACCUUCUCCGGCUGGGCCUUUUCUUUUAAACACGACUAUGAUUCGGAUCCGACAAAAGCAACGACAAAACAUUGGCAGUCGAAAUCAGGUACAUUAGUGACAGAAAAAACACCGACAUGUGCACUGGUAAAUCCCGAUGGUAAAACACUGAAAGCGUUCGGGUACGAUGCAGAAAACGAAUAUCGAGAAUUACUUGAUAAAGGAGAAGAAGACAAUUAUUUCUUCUUUAAGCGAUUUAAAAUGAAACUCUAUUCUAAGAUUGGCAAAGACUUAAAACGAGACAUGACAAUCGAAGACGAAUUUGGCAGACCUCUUUUAGCAGCUGAUGUCUUUGGAAUGUCAAUCAAAUUCUUGGUAGAUGACAUGUUGAAUAAUGCUGGCAAGGGAAUAGAUGGCAUAAUUAAACCAUCUGAAAUUCACUUAGUUGUAACAGUUCCUGCAAUAUGGUCCGAUGCUGCAAAACAAUUCAUGCGUGAAGCUGCUGAAAAGGCUGGAAUAAGUAAAGAACGACUAACAAUUGCACUGGAACCCGAAGCGGCUUCGUUGUAUUGCAGGCAUGUUCAUAUUCAUAAACCUGGUGAGAUUGGCAAUGUAUCCAUGAACAAGUUACCAAUAGGUACCAAAUACAUAGUUGUUGAUGCAGGAGGUGGAACAAUAGACGUAACAGUGCACGAGACAGGAAGUGAGCAUACAUUGAGAGAAGUAAAACCUGCGAGUGGUGGCGAUUGGGGAGGUAUAAUGAUUGACAAGGAAUUUGAAAAUUUGCUUAUACGUAUAGUAGGACAAACUGUUUUUGAAAAAUUCAAACACGAAGAAAAGGAGGAUUGGAUUGACAUGCAACGAGAAUUUGAGUCACGGAAACGAGAGACGACUGUAGACAGUGACGGGAAAACAGGGAUGAGAAUACCUGCAUCACUAAUUGAUCUUUACAAUCAAGACUCACAGCUUGACCUUUGUACUUCAUUAGCAUCGUCUCAGUAUGAUGGUCUGAUCGAGCUUAGAAGGGAUAAAAUGAAAAUUUCUAACAAGGUCUUUGUUCAACUAUUCGACAAGUCUGUGACAAAGACAAUUGGUCAUCUAAAGUCAGUGUUAUCCGACGGCACACUGAAAGAUGUGAGAGUUUUACUGAUGGUUGGUGGUUAUUCUGAAUCACCGGUUUUACAACGUGCAGUAACAGAAGCAUUGUCUGGCAUUAAAGUCGUGAUACCUGUUGACGCUUCAUCAGUCGUAUUAAGAGGUGCUCUAAUAUAUGGACACAAUCCUACGUCAAUAAGUGAAAGGAUUCUCAAGUAUACCUAUGGUAUUGAUAUCGCACCUCGUUUUAGAGAGGGAGUUCACCCAGAGAGCAAACGAUUUGAAGGACCAGACCAUUGUAUUAGAUGUGCUAAUGUCUUCGGCAAAUUUGUUACAACGGGGCAAACCGUGAAAACGGGCGAAACACAAAAAACAAAGAAAUGUUGUGCAUAUAGGCAGGCGGAUGUGUUGGUUAAAAUCUAUGCUUCAGAGAGAGAAGACCCCGUUUACUGUGAUGAUGAUGGAUGCCUUGAGAUAGGAAAACUAAGGAUAGCGUUUGAUGAUGAAAAUAAUACAAGUAUGAGAGAGGUUUCCCUGUCUAUGUUAUUUGGUGGGACGGAAAUCACUGUUGAAUUGGAAGACAAAUGUACUGGUAAGAAGAAAAUAACCACUGUUGAUUUUCUUGGGUAAUAUAGAAAAACAUUUUGAAAAGAGAAUUAAAAGAAAAACAGACAAGACAAGAAUUUUAAACGUUACAACAAAACAUAUGAUAAACAAGAUCAACAAGGAAAGGCGGCGUUUAAUGAACGCAACCCCCAUAUGACCCAGCAACAAGAACCAAUGGCAAGGAGCCCAGGCGGACCCCAAACAAGGCAGUUUAGAAAUAUUUUAAGACAGCAAGUUUUUGCAUAUAUAUUUACUUCAGUCAAUGUACAAUACAACUUAUUAUACAAGAUAAGGCAAUGGCAUACAUAUAUGAAACAAAUCAAAUAUUUGAUUUUCUAGAGACUAAUAAAAUACUAUACACUAUUAAAAUGUAUAUGCACAAAUCGAUCGACAUUGAUGAGUAUGUUUAAAUUGUUAUUGUCACACUUAGGUCUCAUACCCGAACAAUAGAAUGUGAAAAUUGAAAUUUU